AUGUCAAACAUCAAGAAAGCCCAGCCAUUCAAAAAAGCCCUCUACUUCUCAGAGGCCGAAUUUGCAGAGCGCAGAAACCGCGUUCGGGAGUUAAUGAGACGCGAAAAUCUUGAUGGAUUCUUGAUGACCAAACAGGAGUCUCUUUACUACCUGACCGGCUUCGAUACAUUUGGAUAUGUCUUUUUCCAAGCAAUGUAUUUCCACGCCGACGGAUCCAUGCGACUCAUAACCCGCAUCCCGGACCUGCGUCAGGCUUUAUACACGUCUGUUCUGGACCAGAAGGAUAUAUUGAUUCGUUCCGAUGACGCCGGUAGCAACCCUGUCUCGUUAGUUCCAAAGGUCUUAAACGAUUUUGGAAUUAACUCACCCUCUAAACGGGUUGGAUAUGAGCCCGAUUCGUGUUCUCUCACCCAUCGUCUCGGCAAACUUCUAGAAAAGAGUGUGGAGGGCGUUUGUACUUUGGUCGACCAAAGUGACUUGAUUACUCGCGAGCUACGCAUCAUCAAAUCUGAAGCGGAGAUGUGUAAGGUGCGGAAGGCCGCCUACCUUGCCGACUUUUCCUUGGUGCGAACUCUCAAGUUGGCUAAACCAGGUGCAUACGAGGGAGAUUUGUGGUCUCAGCUCGUAGGAACUGUUUACGAGGGUGGUGGUGAUGACCCUGCGAACGAAAAUAUUCUUGUUUCCGGAAACAAGGCAGUAUUGACCCGAUAUUCGACCGGCAAGGAUAGAAUUGACCGUCAACUUACGCUUGAGCACGCUGCUUCUUACAAGCAUUAUCACGCUUGUCUGAUGCGUACUAUUCCUAUCGGUGGGAUUACAAACCUUGCUCGGGAAAUGCACAAAGUUAAUAUCUUGCAAAUGGAGGCUUGCCUUGAGGCACUCAAGCCCGGUCGACAAAUUGGUGAUGUUUUCGAGGCAUAUGCCCGCGUCGCAGAUGAAAAUGGCUUUCGAGACCAACGUUUCAAUUCGUGCGGGUAUAGUCUUGGAGCCACCUUCUCACCGACAUGGAUGGAUUUCCCUAUGUUUGUGCGUGGACAAGACGUGAUAGCGAGGCCCGGAAUGGUCUUUUUUAUUCACAUAAUUUUGAUGGAUAAAGCUACCGACACUGCAAGUUCAAUUGGCCAAACUGUGGAGGUAACAGAGAGUGGGUGUGUGCCGCUCUCUAAGUUGCCAUUCUGUCUCACUAGACGACAGACUUUGGCUGCUUGGAAGAAGAUUCGGAAGGAAGAUUAUGGUUUCAGCUCUGCCGAAGAGGAUGAUGGGGAAAAUUUGCAAGAUGUUGAGCUCUCUGAUGGGGAUGUUGACGCAGAGGAUUAUGAUGUCGAGUACGAUUUUAAUGGCUAUCAGUCGGCCACUGCUCUCGGAGAUCCAACGCAGUAA